GCUGUGGGGAGUAAAAAGGGAAGAAAGAUGGUAUGAUUGCGGGUGACAGUGUAAAAUAGGAUUUUUGAAAGGUGGGGUAGAAUUUUGUCGGGUAUGGCUGUGAGAAGUAAUUAUAUUGGAUGUGAAGAGUAAUUUUUGAAAGUUCUAUUUUUCCAAAUUUCCCAAAUGGUCCUCCGCCGCCGUUCCUGCGACGGAAAAGUGCUCGUCCGACGCCUCUCUCUUGUCGUCUCAAAUACUUGUGAGAAAUGGCUGCUUAUUCUUUGAGGGGCGGCUCACCCAGCGGCAAUAGAAUUGCUUUGAGAGAUCAAUUUGAGGGACUUCGUUCUUCCCUGCGUUCAGAUUUCUUCAUAUCAGUCUCUUUCUCUUUCAAAAAACCACUGCAGAUGCACAGUACAACAGUCCUAAAAGCAAUGAGUAGCUUUGAGCAAAUGGCUGUUGACAUCUCACUAAGUCCCAGAGUAAAUUCAGUGAAGCCCUCAAAGACAGUGGCUAUAACUGACCAGGCAACAGCUCUUGUACAAUCUGGUGUCCCUGUUAUUCGAUUAGCAGCUGGAGAACCUGACUUUGAUACCCCAGCUGUAAUAGCAGAGGCAGGGAUUAAUGCAAUUCAUGAAGGUUACACAAAGUACACUCCCAAUGCAGGAACCCUAGAACUUCGUUCAGCAAUUUGUCACAAGUUGAAGCAGGAAAAUGGAAUCUCUUAUACACCUGAUCAGAUUUUGGUGAGUAAUGGAGCAAAGCAGAGCAUCCUUCAGGCAGUGUUAGCUGUUUGUUCUCCAGGAGAUGAGGUCAUAAUUCCAGCUCCGUUUUGGGUGAGUUACCCUGAAAUGGCAAGGUUGGCUGAUGCAACACCUGUGAUUCUCCGAACGCACAUCUCCAAAAACUUUCUAUUAGAUCCAAAGCUUCUUGAAUCAAAACUAAGCGAGAAGUCAAGACUUUUGAUUCUUUGUUCUCCAUCUAAUCCAACAGGAUCUGUUUACCUGAGGGAACUACUUGAAGAGAUUUCUCAAAUAGUCGCAAGGCAUCCCCGACUUCUGGUUCUGUCUGAUGAAAUAUAUGAGCACAUUAUUUAUGCACCAGCAACUCACACAAGUUUUGCAUCUUUGCCCGGCAUGUGGGAGAGGACUCUGACUGUCAAUGGGUUUUCUAAGGCUUUUGCAAUGACUGGUUGGAGACUUGGAUACCUAGCUGGUCCCACACACUUUGUUGCAGCAUGUGGAAAGAUCCAAAGCCAGGCCACUUCAGGUGCCAGCAGUAUAUCUCAAAAAGCGGCUGUUGCUGCUUUAGGACUGGGCUAUGCUGGUGGGGAAGUGGUUUCAACAAUGGUUAAAGCUUUUCAGGAGCGGCGAGAUUAUUUGGUCAAGAGUCUUGUGGAAUUGGAAGGUGUUAAAAUAUCGGAGCCCCUGGGAGCUUUCUAUCUCUUCCUCGACUUUAGUUCAUACUAUGGAACAAAUGUGGAAGGCUUUGGUAUGAUCAAAGAUUCAGAGUCUCUAUGCCGCUAUCUUCUGGACAAGGCUCAGGUUGCUCUUGUCCCCGGCGAUGCAUUCGGGGAUGACAGCUGCAUUCGCAUCUCCUACGCAGCGUCGCUUCCCACCCUACAGGCUGCUGUGGAGAGGAUCAAGAGCGCGUUAUCUCCUCUCAAAGCUGUCGAUCCUUCGUAAUUCAGAUACAGAUCCUGAAGGCUGCAAAAUCUGCGAGGUAGUGUAGCUCUACUUGAGUUGGGAUGCAACAUGCGUACUCCCUUUCAACACUGCAGAUUGAGUUCCGUGAUCCCACACCAUUAGUAUGAGCAAUUUGAACCCCCCAGGGUGGCUUUUGUACUCAAUUAAACUCAAUGUGAAGGACUUGAAGCACUGUAAAAUCAUCUGAGGAAACAAGUGCCCUUAAUCUUAGUGGGAUGAAAGCUUCUUAUUUUUAUUUAUUUAUU